GUUUUCCUCUUACGUACUCUAGCUAUAUAUAAGAUAUAUUCUUAUAUCUAAAGUAUCUCGUAAAGGAUAUUACUUUCAAUCUCUAUUUCAAAUCAACAUGCUUUUCAAUACCCUUGUCGCCGCCACGACUUUGCUCUUGUCGGUAUCCGCAUUGCCUCCGCAGCCUGCAGGAAACGCGCCCGUCGAGACGGGCUACGACUAGAGAGUCAAAAAUUGGAUCGCCACUUGUGGUACUCAAUAUGACUGUGAAUGGAGUCAGUAUCCCUCUACAUCAGUUCCUGUUAUAUACUAACACCAACAUCAGAGUUCGAUAUCGAGGGAGACGACUUUGGUGCCGACGCCGAAAGACCACCUUCAUUCUCAACCGCUUGCAAGGGAAGUCACAAUAGACUUCGCAAUCACAAUUAUCAAACCUGUACUCCCACCGACGCCAUCCUGAAUUUCCCCACCACCGGAGUCGCGUCUCGAGUCAUCAAAUAGAGAAUCCUCUCCGUUACCGAACUCCACGUAGACACAGGAGCACCCAAGAGUCUCGCUCUACAAGUUUCCUACGAGUUCGUUUACUCGUUUAACGGACAGCCGUAAGUGUCUUAGUACUCGCUAUAUGUACGAUGAAUUGAAAACUAAUGUGCUUUCUAGCGGAACAAUUCAUAAUGUUACUAGCUCACCUGAGGGUACUGCCGCACCCGUGACCCCGAACCCCACGGAAUUCACAAUUCGGAAUAUUGACCCCGCGGGCGCGCCGGUGCAGAAUACUACACGUGGUGGAUUCAGCAAGAUAAUAAUGGGGGACAAACUUCACCUGCUAAUGGAGUUGUGGUUAUGAAAGUUGGCAUUCUGGUCGAAAUAGCUAGGAAAGAGUCCUAGACUUGUUGUAUUAAAUAUAUAUAUAUACGCUUAGGUUAC